AUGGGUCAUGAGGUGAUCCAUGGAGGCCACGAAACCAAAGAUUCGAAGAGGUUAUUACCUGUCACGUACCGCGCGACUGAUUACAUGUUCCGAGAACAACGACUUGUCUUCGUCUUCGUCGGAAUAGCCAUUGCAGCUCUGUGUUUUAACGUCAUUCCUUCGUCUCCUUCAUCGCAUCAUGAACAGAUCUCUGGCUUGCUUCACUCGGCUGAGUCGACUCAGGUGCCUCGCCGGGUCACUUACGAGUUACAUGGCGGGAUUGGACACUUGAGCGCAGGUGGAAGGAUUCCUCUGGGACUGAAGAGCAAGAAUUUGAGGAUAUUGGUCACUGGUGGAGCCGGGUUUGUGGGGAGCCACCUUGUGGACCGUCUGAUCGCACGUGGGGACAGUGUGAUUGUGGUUGAUAAUUUCUUCACAGGUAAUAAGGAUAAUCUCAUGCACCAUUUUAGGAACCCAAGGUUCGAGCUAAUCAGACAUGAUGUGGUGGAGCCCAUUCUCUUGGAAGUUGAUCAAAUCUACCAUCUAGCUUGCCCUGCCUCACCCGUCCACUACAAAUACAACCCUGUCAAGACCAUCAUAUCCUUCUGUCUACAUAAGUUUUGGUUGGUUAUACUUUUCUUCAAAUAG